AUGUCAAUUAAUAAGAAAAUUUUUACCGUGGUUGAAUUCAAGAUUGAUUUGGGUCUAAGUGUAGUCCCCACCAAUUGGAUUUCUAGCAUUGGCGGAAUUGAUUUGUGUCCCUAUCCUGAUCCACCGCCAAAGGAUUUUUAUAAGCUACAAUCAAAUAAAGAUUCUCUUCCAAAGGACGGUUAUUUUAACACUCCGAAACUUUCGAAGGAAACUAAAAAAACUGUGGCGAAACUAAAAAGGCUACUGGAAAAUAAGCCAAUUGACUCCAGCGACGCAGAGGGAGUUAAACGUGGGCGAUCGUCGUCCACAAAUUUCAAUAUUGCCGCAGCGCCAUUGGCCCCCGCUCAGCCAAUAUUUGGGGUACAAACUGAAAUUAACCCUUCUGUUGAUGAAAUUAAUCCCGGAAUUGAUCAUCUUGUGGACACCAAUGCAGAAAAUAAUUCGGUCACCACCAAUCUUGAGUACCACUGUCUGCAGGUGGAACCGGAUCCACGACUCACAGAAUUACUGAAUGAAUUUCGAAAAUUUCAAGUUGAAUCUCUGCGAAACCAAGAACUUUUACUUGAACGUAUUCACCAAUUGGAGAAAAUUGUACUGAAUUCUCUAAACUCACAGCAAGGAGCAGCCUGUUCCGCUAAAAAUACUUGGAGUUGGCCAAUCAAAGACGAAGGCGAGCUAAUAUCAGUGGAAGUUUGGUUGCGGGAUCCGACCAACUACAACUACGAGGUGUCCGUUUUAUCAAAAAUUGGAGGAGCAACUGUGACAAAGUGCGUAUACAAUACGCUGCAGUGGAUGAUAUCUCAUGAACUUGCUCUUACUCUUCGCUUAACCAACAAAAGCGGGAAAAUCUCAUUCGGAGACAAAUUGAUUGCCAAAUUAAUCCGAGAUUCCGUCAAACGUGGGAACGAGGACGACGACGACGCUACUGAUUCUAAAAUAAACAAUCACAUUGGAGCUUGGCUACGUCAGUCAGCCGAACGAGACAAAUCCCGAAAAAAGAAAAAUGAAAUUAACACCGCGCCGGACACAGAAGCGACGAGUGGAGAAGCGGGUGCAGGCGGCGCUGAAGAGAAUCCGGGGAACUGA